AUGCACGAGGGUUUUAUUUUGGUCAAACCAAAUUGAUCAAUUUUGGUCGGACUAAAAAAAAGCAUGGUCAAAUUGCAGCCUUAUGGGUUUAUUCUAAGAAAACCCUUAUUGCAAACUGGCUGCAUGAAUGCUUAUCCUAACAAUGAUUGGAUAGGGUUUUUAGCAAAUAGAUACACAUGAAUUAUUCCAAAUAAGAUAAAAGCAUUGAGCUUUGCUAUCUUUUUUAAAUUUCAAUACCGACUCUUUGGCUCAUUAAAAAUUUUUUAA